AUGACAACUCAAGCUCUGUUCAGCCCUGCUCGACGUCCAUGGAAGAUUGGUUCGGAGCCGGUGAAUCACUUGGUGCCGCCGGAGCCACCAGACCCACCGGACCCACCAGAUUUUGUGCGUGAGUACACAAAACUCCUCUUGCUUUCGUGCCUCCAAUGCUACUGCUUACUCACCGAUCCCUCGCCUACAUCUCUUCCCCGACGGAACCUUAUAUAUCGUCGGCAAGAGACUCUCCCUUGCCCAGAUCCGAUGCCGGCAAACCCGCCGUGGUCGCUCUCGCCGACAAUCUUCCUCGCACCGUUCGUGGGUUCUGUUCUGGUGUGGGGAUCGAGAUGGCACCGACCGACUGUUUCCGAUCAUCCCCUCCGACGGAGCUUUAUGACUCAGGCCAUAUAUCACCGCCGUCCUUUCCCCUGCUCCACACCUACGCGAGAUCUCCUCACCCCUUUCUCAACCCUAAAAAUCUAA